AUGCCCGAGCACGAAUACCAAGUGCGACUAGGCGUCUCGAUCCGUGUACUGCGUGAUACCCUCCCUCAGUUCCUCGACAAAGGACUCGUGGAUCGAGCUGAUAUUUCCGGUACGAACAUCAUGAACCAUUUGCUGGGCGGUCCACAUGCACCCAAGUCUGAGCACCUGUACCACAAGCAGAUCCUCUUUCGAUUCGCGCCUAUGAAGCCGCCAGCUACGAUUAGCACACCCACGUCCAACGUGACGGAGGAACAGAGUGUGAGCACGACAUCAGAGAUGCACUGGACGCCGUCGUUCACGUUCCGAGGCCGAAGAAGCUACUUGAUGAGUGCCGAGGCCCUGCGCCUCUCCCUGCAAGCUGGGUUUUCUUCACCGCAAGUCCUCCUUGAACAGCUCUCGUUCAUGCGACGCCCUCCUGACGUCCAGGUGCCAGGCCGACCUACGCCAGGGGAUGAACUGAUCGCACGCAUACGCUUCCGCGGCACAAAUCGUAUUUCUCAAACAUUGCAAGACUACGCGGUUGUAUUUCGCUAUCGAUACGAUCGCGCCACAGGCACAAUCUGCGAACACCAUGUCGAGAAAAUGAUGCCAGUCCCAGGCCAGCGCAUGUGGCAACGGAUGGCCGGUAUGCGUUCACGCCUCGCCUAG